UCCUUCCUCCUGCGUCAUCAGCAUGCGUCUGCUUUAGGUCAGCUGUAGUCAGGCGGCGACGGGCAAAGGGCAUGGAUGCGUUGCGUGAAUACUAAAAGUGGCUUCAAUACGUUUUCCUAGCCGGGUACGUAAGUGAAACUGCACACGUCGUAACGAGGGCAACACAACCCGGUGUCCGCCGCGCGUGAACCUCACGGACACGCGAGAAGCUGGAGACUGCGCGUCUGUGACUGAACGUCACUUUUCUUUUUGAACGACCGCAUUGCACACACUGUGCACUUUAGUGCCUCCUGACAGUUUGGAUUAUCGUGUGAGUAUCAUCCGGUGGCCCUUCGUCCCGGGGCUGAGUCGAAGUGCGCCUCCCUCUGCCGUACGCUGACCCCGACACGAGUGACUCAUCAGCAACACCACAAACAAAAUGGACCAGUCCCGUUCGCCGUUGAAUAUGAUGACACCUGCUGACAGUCUUAUCUUCCCAAACUGCACAGUCACGGAUGUGGCAGAUUCCUGAGCAGGAAGGAUGACAUCGGAGGCUGUGGUCUCCACAUCUGCUGCCUUAAGGAGCAGCAAACCUGCAGACAGGGACUACUACUUCCUUCGCUCCUUUGUAGCCGGAGGUGUUGCAGGAUGCUGUGCCAAGACUACUAUUGCUCCUCUUGACAGAAUCAAGAUUCUUCUUCAAGCCCAUAACCCCCAUUACAAACACCUGGGUGUGUUUUCCACUCUAAAGGCUGUGCCAAAGAAAGAAGGCUUCCUCGGCUUGUACAAGGGUAAUGGAGCAAUGAUGGUCCGGAUAUUUCCAUACGGAGCCAUCCAGUUCAUGGCCUUUGACAAAUAUAAAAAGCUUCUAAGUAAACAGGUUGGGAUCUCUGGACACAUCCACCGCCUAAUGGCUGGAUCUAUGGCAGGGAUGACUGCAGUUAUAUGCACCUACCCUCUGGAUGUGAUCCGAGCUAGACUGGCCUUCCAGGUGACAGGAGAGCAUGGCUACACUGGAAUUGCCAAUGCCUUCCAUACCAUCUAUCUUAAGGAAGGGGGCGUCUCAGGCUUCUAUAGGGGUCUUAUACCAACCCUUAUUGGGAUGGCCCCUUAUGCAGGUUUCUCAUUCUUCACCUUUGGUACCCUGAAGAGCCUCGGCUUGAAACAUUUCCCGGAGGUGGUGGGUCGACCCUCAUCAGACAACCCGGACGUCCUGGUCCUGAAAACACACGUUAACCUGCUCUGCGGAGGGGUCGCCGGUGCCAUUGCUCAGGCAAUAUCGUACCCGUUGGAUGUGGCUCGGAGAAGAAUGCAGUUAGGAUCUGUGCUUCCUGACUCUGAUAAAUGUGUAUCAAUGAGCAAGACCCUGACGUACGUUUAUAGCAAUUACGGGGUCAAGAAGGGAUUGUACCGAGGACUUUCUCUCAACUUCAUCCGCUGCGUCCCCUCCCAGGCCGUCGCCUUCACCACCUACGAGUUCAUGAAGCAGACCCUCCACCUAAACUAGUAGCUCUUUCUACACCUUCCGAGUCAGUAAGUAGAUCAACCUUGAUGCUUCCAUCAGGGGGGGGGGGGGG